AUGAUGACCAUGUCUUUGAUCUGGGGGAUUGUUGCAGCAGUGUGCUGUUGUUUACGGCUGAUUCUUGGAAUAAGGAGAAGGCAAAAGGGUGAACCACCUCUAGAGAAUGGGUUGAUUCCAUUCCUGGGCUGUGCUCUGCAAUUUGGUGCCAAUCCUCUUGAGUUCCUAAGAGCAAAUCAAAGGAAACAUGGUCAUGUUUUUACCUGCAAACUAAUGGGAAAUUAUGUCCACUUCAUCACAAAUCCCUUGUCAUACCAUAAGGUGUUGUGUCAUGGAAAAUACUUUGAUUGGAAAAAAUUUCACUUUGCUACUUCUGCAAAGGCAUUUGGGCACAGAAGCAUUGACCCAAGUGAUGGAAACACCAGUGAAAACAUAAACGACACUUUCACCAGAACCCUGCAAGGCGAUGCCUUGAAUUCCCUCGCGGACACCAUGAUGGAAAACCUCCAGCUUAUCAUGAGACCUCCAGUCUUCCCUGAGUCCAAGGUCGCUGCCUGGGUGACGGAGGGGAUGUAUUCCUUCUGCUACCGAGUGAUGUUUGAAGCGGGGUAUUUGACUCUCUUUGGCAGAGAUCUUGCGAGGCAGGACUCACAAAGAGCACAUAUUCUAAACAACCUGGACAACUUCAAGCACUUUGACAAAGUCUUUCCGGCCCUGGUAGCAGGCCUCCCCAUUCGCAUGUUCCAGACGGCGCACAGAGCGCGGGAAAGGCUGGCGGAGGGCUUGCGGCACGAGAACCUCCGGCGGAGGGACGGCGUCUCGGACCUGGUCAGUCUGCGCAUGCUCCUCAACGACACGGCGUCCACCUUUGAUGACGCGGAGAAGGCCAAGACGCACCUCGCAAUCCUCUGGGCGUCGCAAGCAAACACCAUUCCGGCGACUUUCUGGAGCUUAUUUCAAAUGAUGAGGAACCCUGAAGCAAUGAAAGCAGCUACUGAAGAGGUGAAUAAAACAUUAGAGAAUGCUGGUCAAAAUAUCAGUUUUGAAGGCAGCCCUAUUUGUUUGAAUCGAAUGCAGCUGAAUGACCUCCCGGUACUGGACAGUAUCAUCAAGGAAUCUCUGAGGCUUUCCAGUGCCUCCCUGAACAUCCGGACAGCUAAGGAGGAUUUCACUUUGCACCUGGAGGACGGAUCCUAUAACAUUCGAAAAGAUGACAUCAUAGCUCUCUAUCCGCAGUUAAUGCACUUAGAUCCAGAAAUCUACCCAGAUCCUUUGACUUUUAAAUAUGAUCGAUAUCUUGAUGAAAAUGGGAAGACAAAGACCACCUUCUAUAGUAAUGGACUCAAGUUAAAGUAUUACUACAUGCCCUUUGGAUCAGGAGCUACCAUAUGUCCUGGAAGAUUAUUUGCUGUCUACGAAAUCAAGCAAUUUUUGAUUCUCAUGCUUUGCUAUUUUGAACUGGAGCUUGUGGACAACCAUGUUAAAUGUCCCCCUUUGGACCAGUCCCGUGCAGGCUUGGGCAUUUUACCGCCAUUAAAUGAUAUCGAGUUUAAAUAUAGAUUCAAACAUUUGUGA